CUGACAAGCAGAGGUGUGAUAGUCUCACGACCACACAAACACGUCAUACGUCUUGCACUUACUUAUAAAUAUUCCUCCACUGAUCGGCUUCUGUAGUUACAGCCUGACCAGUCACCCGGUCCAGGGUUCAACAUGUCCAUCAGAAUCCUCCUGCUCGUGUGCCUGUGCUUCCAGGUCUGUGCAGCCAACCGUCGACACCCGAACAAAGGCAUCAUCCCUCUGUGCUGCACUCGGGUCUCAACUGCUGAUAUCAGUGAACAAAUAACUGGGAAUGCCACCAUCCAAAAGCCCGGUGGACAAUGUGUGAAGGCCUUAAUUUUCCCUGUAGCAGAAGGAAAGGUCUGCGUGGAUCCUGAAGCCAACUGGGUCCGAACAUUCCUUGACAAAAAGAAGAACUCAUGAAUCACGGCUGCCUGAGAAACUUAUUUAAGAACCUCCACAGAUGCACAACGGCAUUUGAGUUGCAGAUCAUAUGCAAUGUGUUCUGCUUCACCAGCCUCCUAAAGCUGCUUGUCCCUACGCUUUAACCUUCCCCAAACAAAGUUACCUCUAUUUAAAUUCAUUAAUAAAUGAUUUGCAACCCUUAAAGUGUUUCAUUUUCCUGCUGUUGGUUAAUAGAAAGUGAUGAGGUCCAACUGGAGACCUGUUCAUGUGUCAUUCACAUUCACGGACAGUACAUUCACAUUAACCAUUGAGGCUGUUUUAAUGUUAAUUCAACCUGUUGGAUCUAAAAUAAGUUCUGCAUCGGAAGACUGUGAAAUAAAAUAAAAUAAAAUAAAAUAAAAUAAAAUAAAAUAAAAUAAAAUAAAAUAAAAUAAAAUAAAAUAAAAUAAAAUAAAAUAAAAUAAAAUAAA